AUGCAUGUUCUCCAGCUUCUCCCGUUGGCUUCACUUGCUCUCGCGGUUUCGAAUCCCAACAGCAUCACCAAGCGUCAGUCUUCUUGUACCAGCGAAUCAUGGGCCAUACAACAAUAUCAUACCUGCACCAAUUGUACCUAUCCUGGCUCAACACAAGAGACUACGUCACUCGUCUUUAACUUUGCGGAUCCCAACUUCAACCCAGCUGUUACAGCUACGUGUGAGCUGAGCCUGUUGCCUGGCUCAUCGCUCAUCGAUUUCAACUACACUCCAUGUGGAUCAGGCGUGGCGUUCUACUACGAUGGAACCGAUCUCAACGUGGAACGAACGGGUGUCGAGUGCGGAAACCACACUUACACUUACAGCGGAGCUGUCGAUGUUACCGAUGCGACAUUCUGUUAUGGACUCUUCGGUGGAACGUACUGUGAAACGCCGGUUGGCCAAAUCAAUGUGCCCGUGUCAUUCAUCCAGCAAACAAGUGCAAGGUGA